AUGGCGGCGCCGUCGCGGCUCCUGAUCCGCGGGGGUCGCGUGGUCAAUGACGACUUCUCGCAGGUGGCCGACGUGCUGGUGGAGGACGGCGUGGUGCGGGCUCUCGGGCAGGACCUGCUGCCGCCCGGGGGCGAGCCCGCGGGGCUGCGGGUCCUGGACGCCGCCGGCAAGCUCGUCCUGCCCGGCGGCAUCGACACUCACACGCACAUGCAGUUCCCUUUCAUGGGCUCGUGCAGCGUCGAUGACUUCCACCAGGGCACCAAGGCUGCUCUGGCAGGAGGCACCACCAUGAUCAUGGAUUUCGCUAUCCCUCAGAAAGGGGGUUCCCUCAUCGAGGCCUUCGAGACCUGGCGAAGCUGGGCUGAUCCCAAAGUCUGCUGUGACUACAGCCUUCACGUGGCAGUGACGUGGUGGAGUGACCAGGUUAAAGAAGAGAUGAAAAUCCUUACCCAAGAUAAAGGCGUUAACUCUUUCAAGAUGUUUAUGGCGUACAAAGAUCUGUACAUGGUGAGGGAUGCAGAGCUGUAUGCCGCCUUCUCUCAGUGCAAGGAAAUUGGAGCAGUUGCUCAGGUCCAUGCAGAAAACGGAGACUUAAUUGCAGAGGGAGCAAAGAAGAUGUUGGCAUUGGGGAUAACAGGCCCCGAGGGCCACGAGCUGUGCCGCCCGGAAGCAGUGGAGGCCGAGGCCACGCUGAGAGCUGUCACCGUCGCCAGCGCCGCGAACUGCCCCCUGUACGUCGUGCACGUGAUGAGCAAGUCUGCGGCCAAGGUGAUAUCGGACGCGAGGAGAGACGGGAAGGUGGUCUAUGGAGAACCCAUAGCAGCAAGUCUCGGCACAGACGGCACUCACUACUGGCAUAAAGACUGGAGCCAUGCAGCCCACCACGUCAUGGGUCCACCCCUGAGACCGGACCCUUCAACACCCAACUUUCUCAUGAAUCUAUUGGCUAAUGAUGAUCUAACCACAACAGGGACUGACCACUGCACUUUCAACACCUGCCAGAAAGCUCUUGGGAAAGAUGAUUUUACUAAGAUCCCCAAUGGGGUGAACGGUGUUGAGGAUCGGAUGUCAGUAAUAUGGGAAAAAGGCGUGCACAGUGGUAAAAUGGACGAAAACCGAUUCGUAGCAGUUACCAGCACAAAUGCAGCUAAAAUCUUUAAUCUCUAUCCAAGAAAAGGAAGAAUAGCUGUAGGAUCAGACGCUGACAUUGUGAUUUGGGACCCAAAAGCCACAAGGACUAUCUCAGCAAAAACUCAUCAUCAGGCUGUUAAUUUCAACAUCUUUGAGGGCAUGAUUUGCCAUGGGGUGCCCCUUGUGACUAUUUCAAGAGGCAAAGUGGUGUAUGAAGCUGGAGUUUUUAAUGUCACAGCAGGAGAUGGGAAGUUUGUUCCUCGCAAACCAUUUGCUGAAUAUAUUUACAAACGAAUCAAGCAGCGAGACCAGACUUGCACUCCUACCCCGGUGGAGCGCACGCCCUACAGGGGAGAAGUCAUCAUGUUGAAAUCCAGAGGGACCGAAGACAGCUCCACGGCUGGGACCAGGAAACAGGCCCACCCCUGA